GAACCAAAAUAACUCCCCCUCGUGACCAUUUAACUAAUUCUCAGGACUCUAUAUCCCAUAGAGCACACGUGACCAUGCUCUAAUCAUUACAUAAAAUUAAUAUGGACGGGAGAUUCCAAUUGAUUCAUGAGUUGCCGUGUACCAACCACCAACAUUUUGGUCUUUUCUGGGUUUACAAGAAGACUGUUGUUACAACACCAUUCAAAAGCUCUGUGUAGAUCCUCUUCUAUAUGCAGUAACGAGUGUUCCAUAUGCGAUAAUGUAAACGAUAUAGAAAUGUUUUCGAGUCGUCAACAUACGAUUCAAGACUACAACUGUUGGAACUGAAGACAAGCUAUCUGCGUAAAUAUUAAAUAAAAACGGCGAUGGCACAGAGCCUUGAGGAAUUCCAUACGACAAUGCAACAGAUGCCGAAGAGGUAGUUCCAAUUCUAACAUACUCCCAUCUGUCGGAUAAGUAACUUUUAAACCACUCAUGCACUGCAGAAGAUACAGCACACCUAGGUUUAGAAUUCUUUGAAGAAGAAUGUCGUGACCAACACUAUCGAAUGCUUUAGAUAUGUCCAAAAAUAUAACUAUAGAUAAUAGCUUAUUGUCCAUUGCUUCCAACAACAUGGCUGUUACUGCAAUGUUAAGUGUUUCAGUGGAAU